AUGACCACAUCCAAUGUUGACGCCACCGGGCCAUUUGGAUCCAUGGAGGACCCCUUCGUUGCGAAGUCUGGGAAGUUCGCUGUUCCCCGCGAUUCCCAUCGAUACUCGUCCUUUGAUACGCAGCUCUAUAGUCUCAAUGCAUCAUCGCCAGCCCAAGCCAAACGGGCCCUCGAAGCGCAUCUCGCAGAAACAGAGCGUCGACUGGAGGAGGCCUCAAAGCUUGGAACGGCCCUCAUCGAACAACAGCAGCAGCUAUCAGAGCAGUUGAAGGAGGUAGAACAACAACAGGAUGAGGGAGAGAUGGGUCCGGAGCUCCGACGUAAGUUGGCAGAUUUGGAAAAGGAGUAUAAUGAGAUUGGACGUGAAUCGGCGCGUGCAUUUUUGGGGCCUAAGCGUCUUGCUGGAGGCCCGGAGGAUGCUCAGCCUGGGACACCCACUUUCGACACAAAGUCACCCCUUAAUGCUGCUUUAUUCGCCAGCCAAGCAACCAAUUCCCCCAGCAAAGUCAGCGUUCCAUCUCGCAAGCAGCGUAACCAACCGUCUAAUCGUGUUCAUGACAUCGAAUUUGCGACUGAGAUUUCGACUUCUCUCUUGGCCCAGGUCCGCCAGCUUCAAGCCCUUCUCGCAGAACGGGAUGAGACCCUCAAGUUUGUUAAUCUGGAAAAAUCUCGACUUGAGUUAGAGGCAGAGGGCUAUGGACAAAGAAUCCGGGCGCUUGACGAUGGCGAGCAACGGUACAAGGAUGAGAAUUGGGCACUGGAGACUCAGGCACAUGAGUUGAUGGCGGCUCUUAGGGAUGCUGCGGAACGUGAACAACGACUCAACAGCACUGUAACUACAUCCAACGCGGAGAAGAAUGCCGUGGAACGAGAGCUGGAGGAGUUGAGGCAGGCCAAUGCUAGGUUGCUUGAGGAACAAAGCCUGACGCAGAAAGCAAACGAUGCAGAAAUCCAUCUUUUGCGGCGGAAUUUGACCUCGGGCGAUGCCGAGAAGUCUGCGCUCCAGAAGAAACUCCUGGAAAUGACUUCUCAAAACCAAGAGCUUGCCAAAAUAGUUACCAUGCGUCUCCGGGAGCAUGAAUCACAAGGUUCCCGAGAUGUUUCAUAUGACAACGAGGACAAUGAGCCCGAUCACAUCACGCCUGAAAGUUCCCCACCACCGUCCCCCAACAAGUUCACUCCUCGACAUGGCCAUCUCGAGUCGGAAACCUUGAAGAGCUCACUUGGCCAUGCUCAUCGCAUGAUCCAGAACCUCAAGAGCACAAUUCACCGCGAAAAGACCGAGAAGAUUGAACUCAAGCGCAUGCUGCAAGAUGCCCGGGAUGAAGUCGAGACACGCCGCCGCGAGAGCACUGUGCCAAACGCAUCCAGCAAACGCCAGAAGACAAAGCCAGAUACAUCACGAAAGCCCCCCGUCCAGAUCUUCUGGGCGCAGGCCGCAAAGAAAAAUCAUUUGUUGAGCUUCAAGAUACCGACUGGGAAGACAACGCUAGCCAAGUCGAUGCCCAUCAGAGGCCCCUCUGGCUCAGAGUCUCCGGAUGGACCUAGUGAUGUGUAUCAGACAGCCACUGAAGCAGAAGAUGGAUUUGAGACAGCGAAUGAGCGAGCAACUGCAACUGAGAGUGAAGCGUUCCAAACUGGCUUAGAAAGUAUGGCAGAUGACAGCAGUGAUUCAGCAGAUCUUACCGAGACGGAAAACAAUGUGCAGACUACGCCUCGCCGCCGAGUUCCAUCUUCUCUGGUCAUGGCGAAAGCUCGCGAUCGCACUUCAUACCACAGCACUGCUUCGGCUUCUUCUGAAGAGGAGGAUUAUGACCGAGCGUUCGGUUCUCCCAGUCAAAUGCACAUGUCUCGACCGCGUGUCAGAUCCAAGCGCAGCUUUUCCAGACGCAUUCGUCCGUCUGGAGAGGCCCCAUUCGCAUCGACUAGCCGACCUUCGAGUUCACGCGAAUCCCCAACACCCAGCUUUGCAGCGGCCGCAGCAGCUCAAGAAGGCCAGAGCCUCUUCGCAGAACUUGCGGACCUUGACAGUACCGAAGAGGAUGACGCGACCUCCCAAGCCUCAACACCACGAAUGGAGCCUGCAUUGGGUUCACGGAGGCCCUCAGAUGCAAUGUUGGAUGCAACACCGAAGCCCGCUAUGGUGGAUUCUGGUGUUAUGACUGAACCCUGGGAGCCCACGCUUCCCACCAGCGCUGCCCUUGUUGCUGGAGCUGCUGGCGUUGCUGCGGGAGCUGCUGUCACACACGCUCUUGCUCCUCCCCAGACAACUCAGUCAACCCGAGAUAUCAUUGAGAUAGCAGAUGGAACUCCCCAGAUUGUCAUCUCAGAAGUCCAGUCGACUCCGGCUAACCCCUUGUCUGUGGAGAGUGAUCCCCUAGCGAACGUCCUUAACCCGUCAGGGAUCCCAUUGGACGAACGUUCAGUGCAAGACGAACAGGCCAAUGCCCAUGCGCAAACCGAUCUACCAGAGUUGGCCAUGGCGGGCAUCGCUUCUCAGGAGACGGAGCCCCGUGCCCCUAGUCGCCCCGAUCUGACUGUCUCUUAUAUCAACGGCGGCACCACUACGCCAGUGAAGCAUGUGCUGCCCACGCCGGAAGUGCCGGAAAUGACGAUAUCUUCUAUUUCAUCACAAAUCACCAGUCCCAUUCAUCCAACGGUUGCCGUGCCUGAGCCAAUCAUCAAGCAUGUCGAUGUCAUUAAAUACGUGGAACGCGAGCCGGAGGUGCCCGAGCUGACCUUCUCCUCCAUCGCUGCUCAAUCCACUUCUCCUGUCCAGGCAACCCUCGCUGUGCCGGAGCCUGUAAUCAAAUACGUUGAUGUGAUCAAGCACGUUGAACGUGAGCGUGAAAUUCCAGAGUUGAGCUUCUCAUCUGUCGCUGCUCAGUCGACAACGCCCGUUCAGGCAAUCCAAGCAACUGUUCCUGAACCAGAGCCUGUCAUCAAAUACGUCGACGUAAUCAAACACGUUGAGGUUGAGCGUGAACGUGAGGUUCCUGAAUUGACGUUCUCCACCAUCAACAGUCAAUCCACUGCUCCUGUUCAUGCAGUUCUUGCUGUGCCAGAGCCUGUCAUCCAGUACGUCGACGUGAUCAAACACGUUGAGGUUGAGCGUGAACUUGAGGUUCCUGAGUUGUCAAUCUCCCCUAUCAACAAUCAUUUCACUGCUCCUGUCCGGGCGACUGUUGCUGUACCAGAGCCUGUCGUCAAGUACGUCGAUGUGAUCAAGCACAUCGAGCGUGAGCCGGAGAUCCCUGAGCUGACGUUCUCUUCCAUCACAACUCAAUCUACUGCGCCGGUUAAGGCAACUGUUCCUGAACCGGAACCGCCUGUUAUCCAAUACGUGGAUGUCAUCAAGCACGUUGAACGUGAGCCGGAGAUCCCUGAACUGACGUUCUCUUCCAUCACAACUCAAUCUACUGCGCCAGUUAAGGCAACUGUUCCUGAACCGGAACCGCCUGUUAUCCAAUACGUGGAUGUCAUCAAGCACGUUGAACGUGAGCGUGAAGUGCCAGAGCUGAGCUUUUCUUCUAUCACAGCACAAUCCACAACACCUGCUUACGCGGAACUUGCUAAGCCAGAACCGACCAUUCAAUACGUUGAACGUGAGCGUGAGGUGCCUGAAUUAAUCUUCUCUUCAAUCGCCACUCAAUCUACUGCACCAGUCAAAGCAACUGUCCCCGAACCAGAGCGACCUGUCAUUCAAUACGUUGAUGUCAUUAAACACGUCGAACGUGAGCGCGAGGUACCAGAAUUGACAAUCUCUUGCCUCGAUCCAUCAUAUACGGAGCCUAUCAUUCCAACGCCCCGUGUUGUUCCUACCCCGGCAUUAUCAUUCUCCUCUGUGAGCUCCGUGGAAACCCAUCCAGUGAAAUCGAUGCCAUUUGUCAUUCCUGCGGUGGCAGACCUAUCUACUCAAACAGAGCCAGCAGAGCUCAAGGCUGCAGGGGCUGCAGUGAUCGUUCACGAAGACAAGCUCACCAAUACUACACGCAGCCGUCCCAACACAGCCAACAGCCAACACCUCGCUGGUGCUGGACUGGCUUUGAACGAUAUUUCUGGCAACGCUCUCGCACGUUCUGCUAAACAGAAAUCUAGUUCGGUGAGCACCGAUCAGGGAUCUCAGACAAUCCUGUCAUCCAAGCAGAUCGAUCAGAUCCUCAUGGAUCGUGGGUUCGGACGCCCCUUAUCUUCCGACAGCCAGGUGACCGACAACUCGCGCGAAAUUGCCGCAGUUGCUACAACUGCUGCAUCCGGUUACAUGACACCCAAAGCUCAGUCUCGACCCCGGCUUUCACAAAUUCAAACCGCAAGGUCAACAACGCCAAACCAACGCCGGCCUCCUAGUGCCACAAGUGGAACAUCUGGUGCAAGUGCCCAUCCCCCACUCCCUUGCGACCAUCGGGAAGCCAUCAUGGCAGCCGAGAAGAGGUCUAUCGAUAUGGCGCCGCCGUCCCCCAACUCUGCCAUGGGGCCACCUCUGGCACCUGCCUCUGCCUACCGCAUGAAUUCUCAGCGCCCACUCACCCCAAGCGAGCAUGCUGCGCGAGCGGCAUCUUCGAGAACCGGUUCUUCCCAGGCCAGAGUAAGGAGAGGAAGCCAAAGUCAACUGUCUCGACGAUCUUCAGUAUCGUCGUUCGCAUCAGAGAUCGAGGAACGCUUCAAUAUCAACACUCAUUCUGGCCCCAUUCCUCAGGGUUAUGGUCCUAACACGGAUCCGCGGAUGAUCCAGGCGAUAACUCAAACCAUGAUUGGCGAGUUCCUUUGGAAGUACACUCGCAAGACGGGUUCGUCGGAAAUGUCAUCUACUAGACACCGACGAUACUUCUGGGUUCACCCAUACACCCGUACCCUCUACUGGAGUACACAAGACCCGCAAACUGCCGGGAAAACCGAGCUUCGUACCAAGAGUGUCCCUAUCGAGGCUGUUCGAGUAGUUGCCGAUGACAACCCUUAUCCGCCAGGUCUUCACUGUAGAAGCUUGGAGGUUGUGAGUCCUGGCCGACGGGUUCGGUUUACGGCUACGACAAGCCAGAGGCACGAGACAUGGUUCAACGCUCUUUCUUAUCUCCUUCUAAGGGAGAGCGACAACUAUGACGACAAUAGCGUGUCUGUCGACGGCAUCGACGAUUUCCACCCUCCUAGCUUGCGGUCUAGCUCUCGACCGAAUGCGCGGACGUCAUUCUCAUCCCACAACAGUCGCACUGCUCGCACAAUCAAGCAACGUCGAGCGGCGUCAGCAAUGUCUCUGCGAUCUAACGGGACGCACGGUGGGCGUGCAUCACCGGCGCUCACCUCCCCUGUCCCAAACUCAUCAUUGCAAGUCCCCGAUGAAGCCCGCCAACGCUCUUCUUCAAGGCUCAGUACCAUCUCCAGUUCGAUUCGGGGGUCCAUCGCAAACCUGAAGGGACGACACGGCCAAUCUCCCAGUAUUGGCGGUGAAAGUCUCCAUGGUCAAGAAAGUGCUGAUGAUCUCCGACAAGUCAUCGAAACCCAAGAACAAGAUCGGCUUGAGAAUGUCCGCGCUUGUUGUGAUGGCAAACAUGAUGUUGGCUCUCUUUCUCGUACCAGCCGGUAUAGUCCGAGGGUUGACCGCAUGCACUCACCCCAUCAUCACUGA